GGCAAUGACAGUGACGGCGAGGAGAAGCCCGUCGUUCCUGUCAAGACCGUUGACAAGAACACUGCUCGUACUACUAAGCGUAAUGUCGAGCCCCAGGCUCCCGUAAGGGCCGGUGGUGCUGGCGGUAACCGCCGUGGUCCCGGUGGUAACGAGGGUGCUUUCCGGGAUCGUGGUGCUGGCAGCAACCGAAACCAGAACCGAUCCACUGAGGAGACUCCUCGUGAUGGUCCCCGAGGCGGUGCCGGUGCUCGUGUCCGUGGUGGACGUGGCGCUAGACACGCCCGUGAGCGCGAUGACCGACACCCUUCCAAGUUCGGUGGUCACGGUGGCUCUGACAAGCAGGCUGCCCAAUCCUGGGGUGCUAACGAGGGCACUGCUGAGCUUAAGGACGAGCAGGCCGGUGAAGCUAUCGCUAAGGACGAGCAGAAGGAGGCCGUUGCUGAGGACGCCGCCGCCGCCGAGGCUGCUGCUGCUGAGGAGGAGGCCGAGAAGCAGGUCUCUUACGAAGAAUAUCUCGCCCAGCAGGCUGAGAAGAAGGCCGCUCUCGACUCUGGUCUCAAGGUCCGUGAGGCCAACGAGGGCAGCAAGCUCGACAAGAAGUGGGCCAACGCCAAGCCCCUCGAGAACGAGGAGGAGGAGUACUUCGCCCCUACCGGAGGCAAGGCCCAGCGCCAGCGCGAGCGCAAGGUCAAGCAAACCAUUGACUUCGACCCUCGCUUCGUCGAGCCUGAGCGUACCCGAGGUGGUGCUCGCGGAGGCCGUGGCGGCCGUGGUGGUCGUGGCGGAGAGCGUGGUGGUGACCGUGGCCGUGGAGGUAACCGCGGCGGUCGCGGCGGUGCUCCUCAGGGAUCUGCUAAGGGCAAUGCUGCUAUUAACACCAGCGACCAGUCUGCUUUCCCCAGCCUCGGCGGCAACUAG